UUUCAAAUGAGCGACUCUGCAAUUCAUGAUAAAAUAUCAGAGGUGGUGAAAGAACAUUUUAAUAUGUCUCUGAUCGAAGACUUUGGAGAAGAUCACAACUCCAAAACAAACAAAGAAAACUGUUCAUCAGCUAUACUGGAUGGUCCGAAGUCCGAGACAAACAAAAAUACAUUUGAAUAUGAAAAUAUUCAAACAGAGAAUCCUACAAGCGCGACUACUGUGCACUUGGUGAACCAUGACACCCAAAUAAAAUCGAGAAAUUCUUUGUCCUUGGGAGAUCACACAGGCUUGGUAACUAAAGAAAAACAUGCACAUAGUAUGGAGAGACCCUCCAUAGAGAUAAAAGUUGAACAAGAAGGUCACAAAUGUGGGAAUAUCAGCGAUAAGAUGCAGUCAGAGGUAUAUUGUGCCAUCGAAUCACAGAGCACAGAUGGGGCAAAUGUGAGCAAAUCAGUGUUUUCUUUUGUAACAGAAACAUCUAUGGUUGUGAAUGCAUCCAGAGAGAAAACCGUUUCAUCUACCCAAGAGAGCAAGGAUUAUGUUGAUGCUUUAAACACUGCUCAAAAGACAGAUUCAGUGAGCAAAGGGGUUAUGGAAGGUAGAAAAGUAACAGUAAUAGAACCACAGCUUCUAUGUAGGAAUGCUCAAGUGACUCAGUCGCUGAAGCAGACAAAUGGGUUAGAAAAAGUCCAGAAAGCUGACCAUCAGUUUGCUCAAGUAGUCAACGACAAAACAAAAAGUAGAUUGGCUGCUAUGGAAAUCCAAGGGCACAAAUUUGACAAUAGACCACUUAUGCAUGGACAUUCAACACUUUCAAAUGAAACUUUGUGUUCACCAGGUCUUAACAAAAUCUUUACUUUGUCCACUAAAAGCAAAAUUGAGGUGUCACCACCCUCUGAAGCUACAGUGAAACAUACUGCCUCAGCUGUGCACUCUGAAGGAAGUGAUUGCAAUAGAAAUGCACUUGAUCAAUUUCAGCAAGUCAUGGAAGAAUGUGCUGCAAUAUUACCUUCUUAUUCAGAGGUGCAAAAUGAAAAUGUAUAUAUAUGCCCAUAUAAUACGAAAUCAAGCAUGGAACAUUGCCACAAAACAGUUGAUGAUUAUACUCCUGAAGCCCGACCUUUAAGCAAGUUAGCGUUUUAUGAAUUUGGGCCAGGAAACAUUGGAAAACAUCACAGUUGUGUGAGCCAAGAUAAAACUGGUACCAAGCAUGCCCUUGAAAAAACUACCCCUGGUAUCAAUAGUAGUCAUGAUAAGGACAGAGAAAGACCUGUGGAGCACAAACAUCAGAGUUCCAGAUUCGAAGAUUUUAGAAAAGAUACCACUAUUUCAGAUUUAGGCCCUCACAUUUCCUCGCAUACACAAAUACUUAAAUCGCGCAUUGUGUUAAAAACCUGUGCGGCUGUAAAAUUCGACAAGGAACCACAAUCAGAGAAUAUGUCAGUAACUGAGAUGCCGACUAUGUUUCAGAUUAAAGAUAGUUGUAUCAAAGCAACUCAGAACUGUAACGACCAACCUGCGAGAAACCAAGAGCCACCUACACCUCAAAAGCACCAGUCAACACAAAUACAAAAAAGAGAGCCUGAUAAAUCUUUGGUCAAACCCUCAUCACCUGUUGAGGUGUAUCACAAGACUCCUUCCAGUCUAAACACAAAGGAACAUUAUAAUUACAGAUGUGAAUCAACAGCCAAAGAUAGAGGAGAACAUCCCACAGAAGUGGAUGAUACAAAACAUGUUGAGGCAAGAUGAUAGGCAGAGAGGAAAACAAAAGCGAUACAGAAGGGCCCAUUUUACGGCACCUCCAAGUUCAUCUACUGACUCGACACCUGAUUUGUCUUUGGAUGAGAGUACCACAUCUAAAAUUCAUGUGUCUAGUAAGGUGUCUCAUACUAAACCUGAUUUACAGGCAUCUGGCAGACAAAGUGCUGUUGCUCAUGACAGACACCGAAAUCUUUCACUCCAUGAACGCAGAACAUCUUCACUUUCAGCAAGUAGUCAAAGAUCAUUAGAAGUGCAACCAGGAGAAAGACACACCCAGCAUCCAAACACUGGUAUGCCACGCUUUGAAUUUGGAGUCACCAUGGGUAGGGAAGCUGAGAAUGAGACAAUUGCAUGUCGGGUAGAGCAUGGUUCCACUGACAAAAUACAAAAAACAGAGGUGAUUGAAACAAAGGAUGGAAAAGACACGAGUAAUGGUUCUUUCAAACCUAUUUUACAUGUUUAUGUGGAUGAUGAAGUACAACCAAUUUUGCAUACUAGAGAUUCCGCAAUGCAUUUUGCCUCAAGUGAUAUUAACCCCUUUAUUCAUACAAGAACUGCUAUGGGAUUGAACAGAGCAGUCCACAAAAACCAGGCCUUUGGAAGUGCUGCCAAUAUAUCCGGCCAGCACUUGCCGCUUGAUAGUUCAAACAUGAACAUAACUAGGUGUUGUAGUGUAGACAAUGGCUUAAAUAAUCAAAACUCCCCUUUCAGUUCCCAUUUGAGAAAUUAUGCAAAUCUUAAAGGGCUCUCUAGCACACUGAGUAGCGUUGAAGAUUCAAGAGAUCAAAUUUCUUCAGAGCCUCUGCCGAAGGAAGGUUCUUAUUCCUCUAGUAGUUCAAAUAAGCAGACGCUAUCAGCUUUGAGAUGUUAUUCUUGCAAUAGUGCCUCAGUAGAUUUAACCCAAAGUUCAGGUCAAGUUAAUGACAUAGUACUGGUCUAUUCCUCCGAGUAUGAAUCUCAGGAACAUGGAAAUCCCUGUCAAAGCAAGUGUGAUCAUGGCACACAGACCACUGAGGUUGAUAAGGACCUUAAAAGAAAGAGCCAUCAUAGAAGAAGCAGCACUCAGACGCCAGUGUCCAAACAGGAGAAUGGUGCACCGACCACAUGGGCAAGUCUUCAGAACAUGUCUGAACAUAUCUCUGACCUGAUACACAACACAUCUGAUCUUUUGGGGAACAUACAAUGUAUGAGAACAGGGGAACGACCACCAAAAUAUGAGCAUCCUAAAAACUAUUUAAAAUUUUCAACUGUGAAUUCAGGCUGUAACAACAAGAAGGACUGUUGUACGCAAACUUCCAUGGACAUUGGGAUCCAGACUGAUAAUUCUUCGGCAGCAAAGAGUGCUAUGGCCCAUGAAGUCAAUGUUAUUGUUAAAGUGAUUGGCUCAGAUUUUCAUAACAUGUCCGAACUAGGUGGUAACACCAAUAUCUUGAGUGAACAGGCCUUUGAAAGGAUUAAAAGCAUGCCUGAUUUGCGGUCCAAAGGCUCAAAGGCAGCAGACAGUCCAAAUUCUCUAAUAUCGCCACCAAAGGUUUUUUCAUUAGAGACUGUUGCACCAAAUCAGAAAUCCCCAAAGUUGGAAGCGUUUGAAGUUGAUAGUUCUUCCAAAAAGUCUUCAUCGAGCUACCUUGAAGCAAAAGAGUUUCUACACAUAAAGAGAGAGGAGAAUCAGCCAUAUCAGAGCAAUGUAAACCUACGGAAUCACUGUAAUAAAGUCACGCUCAUGGAUCGUGCAUCUUCACCCAUUCUUACUGUAAAGGCUGCAAGACAUGCCCAACAAAUUCAAGCAAAAACCUCCCAGCAUUUAACAUACCAUGAGACAACUGUGGACCAAAAUCUCAAAGAGAAACAGUGCUCAGAUCUAUACAAAAUGCCAUUUAAAGAUCAUGAAAUGUCUAAUCAUGAGAAUAAGGUUCUACAUCAGGAGAAUCUUAGUAUCCUUCACACUCAAAAUACUAAAAUAUCCACAGGUAUGUCAGUGUCAUCCAUCACCCUUGAAAACCAGAGUGACCUUAGUUGUCCAAAUCCUAAUGGAUCUGAUGAGUACUCUAUAAAUAGCUUGUCUUCAAGCACCAAAUGUAUGCAAAAUGAGAGACAGGAGCACUCUCAAAGAGUUAGGGACAGGGUAAUGAUUCAUUCCACUACGAACUGUUCUCCAUCUCAGCUACAAAUACCAAGCAGCACAAUUGCUGCCCAAACUUCCCCAUCAUCCUUGGAUAAAGUCAGGCAGCCUCAAUGGGAAAGCCCAGACAGAUUCCAUUUGUCAAAUCUUAACAGCCAAUUGAAUCAUAGUAGCACUAUACUAGAGAAGUAUAACAGAUCAUCUGAGUAUAUAUCGAAAAAUUGGGAUAAUUUGAAUCAAAGGUCUCUGGAAGAUGAUGCAAUGUCUUUGGUUCCAAGUGAAUGCAACACCGAUGUUCUGGUCAGCAUCAAUCCUCUGACAGAGACCAACUUACUCAAAGAAUAUCAGUGGAUCCCUGAUGAUCUGCCUAUGCACAACAAAUUUACAAACUGGUCAGGCAUCAAACAGCAGCCACCAUCAACUCUGAGUAAAAUAAACAAUCCAUUCGUACAGUUCUUCUCAGGGCUCAGUCCCAAUUACCGGCAGCCAGUGGAGUCCCAAAGCCCUAGCUUGAUCUGUAGACUAGAACCCUUCGAGGAGGCCAAUAGUAGAACAAAAGAAAUUGAGAGGCUGAGGAAAGAGCGUGAGCAAGUUAUGGCGUCUCUACAUCUGGAUCUGAGCCCUCAUCGGCUGACUGUUGAACUCACCGAGGCCAGGCUGCACUACGGUCAAGGGGAAACAGACACUCUGCUUAAAAUGCUCAAGUCUGGUUCCAAAGAUGAUCCUUCAGCCUCUACCAAACAAGAGCUCCUUGACAGGCACAGGAGGAGCAUUGAGAGUUUGAGAAAAGAUAGAGAUGCCCGCCUUCAAGCAUCCCGCCGGGCUCGAAGCCUCAGUCCCAGUAAGCACCGGAUCCCUGUAAAUCAUGAGAAGGAGCAGCAAUCUCACAGAAUUUCAGACCUACCAAGCAGGCGCAGGGAAUAUCUGCAACAGCUCCGCCAAGAGAUAGUUGAAACUAGCAGAGUUCCCGAUCCGCCAAGGCGGGAGGGUCAGUGUCCAUCUGAUAUUGAGCUUCUAUUGCGUGACUACAGCCGUGCCCGUGAGGAGGCCAGAGCAGAGAUUGCACGUGCACGAGACAGACUCCGCGAGAGGACAGAGCAAGAGAAGAGACGACUUCAGCAACAAGCUCUCGCACAGGCAGUGAAGGAUGACCUGCAGUUUCGCACACGCAUUAGUAGCAGUACUUUAUGCACUGGUUCAGACCUGAGUCUUUCCUCUGGGCCUACAUCAGGCUACAACAGCAGCAAUACUGCUUUACUGAAAGACAAUACCUCACCAAUCAUUCAGGUUAAUGGAGUCUCAGGAUUCAAAGUCAGAACUCGACCUCCUGUGAUGCCCUUACAGACUUCAAAAGCCCAGCGUAGAUGGCUGUCAGUCCAGGAUGUCAGCCUAGAGACAUCCAUCACUGGAUAUGAGCCAGAGUCCUCCUCCACUCCAUCAUCACCUCCCUGUGCUCGACAACGCACUCUUUCUUUUGGCUAUUCCUCAUCUUUAUCAGCUUCAUAUCAGGAUAUUGCAGACUGCACUCUUGCCAGUGCUAUUUCAGAGGUAUAUUUGGCCUCUGGAGGUGAUGUGAAGAAUCUACUGGCAGGGAAAGCAAGUGCUUGCUGGAGGCACCAAGGUGUGGAGAGAGGUAUUCAGGUCUUUCACAAGGCCUCAUCCAGGCCCACGGCUCAUGGGUUUUUAGGAGCAGUGGAGCUGGAGAGACCUAUGGCCAGUCUGUGGUGUACGGUUCGAGAUCACUCAAAGACUCAUCUCUACCACGAGUCUGUCAGAUCUGCCUGGACACGACCACUGGAUGAAAGUACACAACUAGUCUACCUGUUGACCGACACAUCCAAUUGCCAGCUUAAACAGCCUCGGGACUUCUGCUGCCUCAGCACAGAAUCAAAACAGGAUGAUAUGUGGGUGUUGGCCAUGCAGUCUGUGUUUGAGGAGACACUUCCACGCCCCAGUGUGGAUACUGUUCGUGGAGAGAUGCUGCCCAGUGCAUGGAUACUUCAACCCAGCCAGCGUAAUGGUCGAGAGGUUGUCACAGUCAUCUACUUGCUACAAGUGGAUUUGGGAACUCCGUCCUUAGCUCCUAGACUGUUGAAUACAGUGUCUAGAAAGCAAGCAGCUGUCAUAGCAGACCUUGAUUCUUUCUUCUCUUUGUGACAAAUCAGGUUAUACAUAUAGCAAUAAGCACUUACACUAAAACCAUGAAGGUUUUUGCUAAGGUUUGCACCUAAUUUUCUUGCUCUUGACUUGAUUAUUUUUCGCAUAGCACUGAUGGUAUGAUUAUAUUGUGCAACAAUUUAUCUUGCCACUUUCAUUAAAAAAUGUGUUUUAGUUUGUUUUGUUAUUAGUUAACUGUUUAGGGUUCCCUCAUGUGCCAAAGUAUUGAUUGUUGUGAGAAUAUUAUAAGACUUUAAAUGUUCAAAUUAAAAUCCCAAAGAUAUUUUCCAUGUAUGUAUAUAAUUCUCACUUGAUUAUCAUUUGAAAUAUACUAUACUAUGCACAACUCUGUUUAUUUUAAGAAGUGAUCCACUGUAUUACAGUAUUCCUUUAUUCCACAGUGGCCUUAACUAUAUACAUAGAUUAUAGACAUGUAUCUGGAUUUGCAUGAAAGCCAUUAUGUUUUGAGGUAAUAAUUAGGAGAGCUUUUGCUAAAGCGCUGCAGAAAUUGAUUUAUUUGUAACUUGAACAGCUGAAGGAUUUUUUUUGCCACUGAAACAAACAAAAAUAUGCAGAAUAAUUGUUUAUUUUCUUUUUUAGAAAUAUUGUACAUGUCCCUUAUAAUGUUUUAUAAUGUUUAAUCUGUCAUAUCUAAAUGUAAAAUAAUUUAUCUUUUCAAGUUUUAUGUUUUAAACUGUUCUCUUCUUUUGGACUAUUUUUAUGUCUGUUUGGAAGAGCUUCCAAAAUCUUUGACUUUUAAUUUAUGGACCAGAACAUAUUUUUA